ACCCUCCCUUUCUAAUUUGCUUUUAUUACCGUUUCCUUUCAAGUCAGAGUUCUCCUUUUUUCCCCCCAGACUCUUUGGCUAAAGCAUAACUUUGACUGUUUUCACUUCAGCACAAGGCAAAGACUGCAGCUCCUGAGGACUUUUGGACGUUAACUGAAUGCUGACACGUCUUUCGGCUAGUUUCUCCACAGGCCAGACCUCUGUGCUCGGAACAGGUCUUUAAAUGCUGUCAUAAAGAAUACAGCAGCUGUGGCCGAAAUAUACCACUGACUCACGACGGCUGCACUGAGCUGAAAAUAACCUGGAAGACAGGAUUUCAUAUUAUCUGGCCUUAAAGUUGCUUGUAGUGAGCACAUUACAGGCUGGAAGUCCUUACUCGAAGAUAGUUUUAUUAAAUGUCUAAAACGGACGUUUGAAUAUGGGUAUAUUCUGUGGUAGUAAUUUUACAUUUUCAACGUGAGCAUUCUUUUGUGUGAUCAAGUUGCACAGUUCUCUGCUACAUGGUUCACUCUUGCUAUCAGGAAAUGGAUUGUGAAGUGCUCUGGAGACAUGCCCUGCCGUUCCCCGUGUCUGUUUUCUCAGGCCUUGUGAGACCCGUCCUGUGAUGCAGUCCCAUGGUAGCCAACCGUGUCCGUCUGUAGACAUGCUGUCAGUUGCUCACAUCUGCCUCCUCUCUCCCAGCACUGCUAAAGGAGGGGGCGGAGACACUCUGUCCCUCACUUCAAAACCCUCAGGCUUACUCACACACAGACGACACAGACAGACACAGACACGAUCCCGAACUCACACCAAAGGAAAGCAGGGAUUAACACUGAGCUUUUGUUUUGAACAAAUAAUGAUUGCUUCCAUUCUGGCACUGCUGCUCUCGUUAACAUUUAAUGUGAAACAGCUGUUUUAAAAAGAAGUCUACUGACGCCAACAGAUAUUUAACAGCAUCACAUUUCAGUAAUUUAGCAUACGCUCUCAUCCAGACCAGUAGUGCGUGAAUACAUUUUCCUAUUGUUUUUCCAUACUGGUCCCCAUGGGAAUCGAACCCACAACUCUGGCGUUGCAAGCAUCAUGCUCUACCAACUACCAACUGAGCCACACGGGACUUAUAUAGGCAUUGAAAUGACAUCACUCCAGCUGUGGCCCCUCCUCCUCCUCCUCCUCCCUGUUCUACUGGUCAACUUCUCCAGCCAACUAGACGACAACAAGAUCCCGCCCAGUCUGUGUACGGGACAACCAGGUAUCCCAGGUACUCCUGGGGUGCACGGUAGUGCUGGCCAACCAGGAAGAGAUGGGAGGGAUGGGCGUGAUUCUGUCCCUGGGGAGAAGGGAGAGAAGGGAGGCAGGGGAGAGACAGGCGAGUCAGGCUUUAGAGGCCUCACUGGAGAUCAGGGGAACCCUGGAGAUAAAGGAGACAGGGGGCAGUCGGGGGAGUGCGCCGUUGCUCCCAAAUCAGCCUUCAGCGCCAAGUUGUCCGAGGGCCGCACCAUGCCCGUGGCGGCGGAAGACGCUGUGCGCUUUGACAAGGUAACGCUAAACGAGCAGGGCGACUUCAACGCGGAAACAGGACGCUUCACCUGCAAAGUGCCCGGCGUCUACUACUUUGCGGUCCACGCCACCGUCUACCGGGCCAGCCUGCAGUUUGACCUGAUGAAGAACGGUCUCACAAUGGCGUCCUACUUCCAGUUCUAUGGGAACUGGCCCAAGCCAGCAUCUUUGUCCGGAGGCUCGCUGCUGCACCUCAUCCCGGGCGACCAGGUGUGGGUGCAGAUGGCAUUGGGAGAGUACAGUGGUUUCUACUCCAGCUCUAAGACUGACAGCACUUUCACUGGCUUCCUGGUGUACUCGGACUGGAAAAACUCUGCUGUCUUCGCCAAGGGCGAAGUGGUAUAGACAUUGCGUGGACCAAGUCUGGUGUUGUGGCUGGAGGGGAUCCUCCCCCAGAAAAUAUUUGAAAACGUUAAACUAAUUUACUGUCCUUCUACAUGAUUCAUGGCCUCUCUAGAAGGUUAUUAGAAAACUCUGGUUAUUGCAUAAACACAUAAAGGUUACAGAAAUAGCAGUAGGCUAUGGCACAUACCAUACUGAUGAGUUGUGUCGAUGAAUCAAGUGAACUGUAGUGCUUUCAGUUGUGCUUCAGGUUAGCCAUUUGACUGCUGCUGUGCAAUGGUGAAUCGUUUUUACAGACUUUCUGACGGUGGCCCUACAUGUAUCAUUGUUUUUUUGCCUUUACAAACAAGGAUGGCCUAUGGGGUUUAAAUGAGACAUGUUGGCUCCUGCAUUUGGCAGGAAUUGUGAAAAUAAGAAGGUUGUUGUGGUGGAGGUGUAACGAGGAUUCAAUAAGGCAUCAAACAUGUUUGUGAGCUAUUUAGGGCUUCCAACCGUGACAUCACUUACUUGAUGUCAUGAAACUUAGCCUAGUACUUUGUGCAAAAAAAAUGAAUUGAAAAGAAUUCAAACUGAAGCCCUAAAAUACUUUCCACAAUCUUUUAAUUUAAGUCUGUGCAACCUUCACUUAUGUCACAAAUAAAAAAUGUAACUUUCA